AUAUUCCUCGAGCAGCCAGUAGCCGUUUUCUUUCUUUCUCUCCGAUCACCAUCACCACCAUCCUAAUCCCCGAUCAUCAUCGUCGCCAUCACCACCGUCUUCCCUUUUCUUCUCCUUCUCCAAUCGGUCUUUCCUUUCUUAUGAUCUCACCGUCUCCAACUUCCUUAUACAUCAAAAUCCCCGGUUGUAGUCAAUCGGGAAGCCAUCACCCACACUCACCUUCUGGAACCAAGGCCGCCGUCCAGCAUCAGCCAAGUCAGCAAGUGAACACCGAAAUUGGAACAAAAAGGGCUUGAUCUAUCAAUCCAAGAUAGCGGUGCUGUUCACGCGAGAAUGCAGCGAUUCGGCGAAACCUCAAUCAUCAUCCAACUGAAACAGAUCUACAGACUAAAUCUAUGCCAGCUAUGGAUCACAGGUGGGUGACGACAGGAUGAAUUGGACGCAGAUUGAAGGCCCAAAUGCAUUGUUGCAGAUUUUUGUAAAAAUGUGAGGAUUGGAGAGGCCCAAUUCCAUGUUGCAGAUUCUGGUAAAAGCAAGAAACAAAUUUGAAAAGCCCAAAAACCGUGGAUCCAAAAGGCUAGGAGAGUUAAUUUCUGGAAUAUUCUUUUAGGGUUUUCUUUGCUUUUGAGCAGUAUAAAUAGAACUUUAGAUGAUGGUUUUGGGGGGGUCUUUUGUCUGAGUUGGGUAUUGAGAACGGCAGCAGAAAGGAGGGAGUUCUGCUUGAGGGAAGUAGCAAUUUGGGAGGAGAUUGUCAAGCUCUUGAAGGAGUGACUAUUGUGAGAAUUGGUUUUUGGGUCUAUCUUUGUAAGUAAUCUUCGAAACAGAGGGUCCUUUCAGGGAAAUGGUGAAGGGAAUGGUGGGAGCUUGAUCCUGUGGGUGGGAUUCCUCCCAUCAAACUCAGAUCUAUUUUUCCUUUGCUUUGUUUUCUGUUGAUGUUUUCUUUAGAUAUGAUGUUAAACCCAUGUAUGUUGCUGAAAAAUUAAUGAAAAAAUCAAAAAAAA